AUGGCCACAUACGCUCUGUCGCAGUCCCACCGGGAGCAAAUGGAGAAGUCUCUGGUCGACUCCGACCCUGAGAUCGCUCAGAUCAUGGAAAAAGAGAUCCAGCGCCAGCGCGAGUCCAUUCUGCUGAUUGCCUCGGAGAACGUCACCUCCCGUGCCGUCUUCGAUGCUCUUGGCUCUCCCAUGUGCAACAAGUACUCGGAGGGUUACCCCGGUGCUCGUUACUAUGGUGGUAACCAGCACAUCGAUGCCAUCGAGCUCACCUGCCAGGCUCGUGCCCUCAAGGCUUUCAACCUCGACCCCGCCAAGUGGGGCGUCAACGUUCAGUGCCUCAGUGGUAGCCCUGCCAACCUGCAGGUCUACCAGGCACUCAUGCGCCCUCACGACCGUCUGAUGGGUCUUGAUCUCCCCCACGGUGGCCACUUGAGCCACGGCUACCAGACCCCCUCCAGAAAGAUCUCUGCCGUCUCCACCUACUUCGAGACCUUCCCCUACCGUGUCAACACCGAGACCGGCAUCAUCGACUACGAUACCCUGGAGGCCAACGCUGAGCUCUACCGUCCCAAGUGCCUGGUUGCCGGUACCUCUGCCUACUGCCGUCUCAUUGACUACGCCCGCAUGCGCAAGAUCGCUGACAAGGUCGGCGCCUACCUCGUUGUCGACAUGGCUCACAUCUCCGGUCUCAUCGCCGCGGGUGUCAUUCCUUCUCCCUUCGAGCACGCCGAUGUUGUCACCACCACCACCCACAAGUCUCUCCGUGGUCCCCGUGGUGCCAUGAUCUUCUUCCGCAAGGGUGUGCGCAGCACUGACCCCAAGACCGGCAAGGAGAUCAUGUACGACCUGGAGGGCCCCAUCAACUUCUCCGUCUUCCCCGGCCACCAGGGCGGCCCCCACAACCACACCAUCACCGCUCUGGCCGUUGCCCUCAAGCAGGCUGCUACCCCUGAGUUCCGCCAGUACCAGGAGCAGGUCAUCAAGAACGCCAAGGCCCUCGAGGAGGAGUUCAAGCAGCUCGGCCACAAGCUCGUCUCGGACGGUACUGACAGCCACAUGGUCCUGGUGGAUCUCCGCGCCAAGGGUCUGGAUGGUGCCCGUGUUGAGGCUGUUCUCGAGCAGAUCAACAUUGCUUGCAACAAGAACUCCAUCCCCGGUGACAAGUCUGCUCUGACCCCUUGCGGUAUCCGUAUUGGUGCCCCCGCCAUGACCAGCCGUGGUAUGGGUGAGGAGGAUUUCAAGCGUGUCGCUCGCUACAUCGACCAGGUCAUCAACCUCUGCAAGACCAUCCAGGGUGACCUGCCCAAGGACGCCAACAAGCUCAAGGACUUCAAGGCCAAGGUCGCCUCCGAGUCCGUGCCCGAGAUCCUGGCCCUCCGCAAGGAGGUUGCCGAGUGGGCCAGCACCUUCCCUCUGCCCGUUUAA